CAGAGCCGGCAGCCACUCAGUGCUCAGUAUCCAGGCAGAGGUUGGCACGGCACACAGCCCUCUCCGUACAGGGGAACCAGCGCCACUCCAAACUGUCCGUCUCCUCUCGUGUACGGCCAUCGGCGGCGGAGCUCUCACUAUAUCGCCAUAGCCACAGAUGAUCCGGCGCUGACCAUGGACCGGUCGCUCCUCUCCUCCUCUUCUCCCCCGGGCUCCCCGGAGUCCUCCCUGCCGUUCUUCGACUCUUCUCACGCCCUGCACCUUCUCCGCGGCAUCAACGAGCUCCGGACGGAGCAGAAGUUCUUCGACAUGACCCUGAGCGCCGGCGGCCACGACUUCCCCUGUCACCGCACGGUCCUCGCCGCAGCCAGCACCUACUUCCGCGCCAUGUUUGCCGGGAGGCUGAAGGAGAGCCAGGCGGAGCGGGUGGAGCUGCACCACGUCACCGGGCCGAUCCUGGGCCUCCUGCUGGACUUCUGCUACACGGGGACGGUGACUGUGACCCGGGAGAAUGUGGAGCCGCUGCUCCAGGCCGCAGACCUCCUGCAGUUCCCAUCCGUGAAAGAUGCCUGCUGUGCCUACCUGGAGAGAAACCUGGAUGUAGGUAACUGCCUGGAGAUCCAGGACUUCGCUGAGGCCUACGCCUGCCGGAGCCUGGCCGAGAGCACCAAGCGCUUCAUCCUGGCCCACAUGGCCCAAUUGGCUCAGGCCAGGGAGCUGGAGCGGUUACCGUGGCAACGGAUGCUGGAGUACAUCAUGGACGACCGUCUGUGCGUGGACAAGGAGGAGACGGCGUACCAGAUGAUCCUGCGCUGGGUCCGCGCCGACCUGCCCCACAGACAGCACCGCUGGCCCGAGCUCUUCCAGCACGUCCGCCUGCCCUUCAUCCGACGCUUCUACCUGCUGGCCCACGUAGAGAGCGACCCCCUGGUCUAUUACAGCCCCUCCUGCCUGCGGCUCAUCGGGGAAGCCCGGGCCUUCCAGUCCAGCGAGUACGACCGCCACGACCUGCCCUGUGAGCGGAUGAGGCCCCGGCCGUCCACCGGACUGGCAGAGAUAUUGGUCAUCGUUGGCGGCUGCGACCAGGACUGUGAUGAGCUGGUCACCGUGGACUGUUAUAACCCCCACACCGGGCAGUGGAGGUACCUGGCGGAGUUUCCAGAUCACUUGGGGGGCGGCUACAGCAUCACCGCGCUGGGCAAUGACAUAUAUGUCACAGGAGGUUCUGACGGCUCGCGGCUCUAUGACUGUGUCUGGAGAUACAACUCCAGUGUGAACGAAUGGACGGAGGUGUCUCCGAUGCUGAAGCCGCGGGAAUACCACAGCUCUACGGUGCUGAAGGGUCUUCUCUAUGUCAUCGCCUCCGACAGCACCGAGCGCUAUGACCACUCCAUCGAUUCUUGGGAAUCCUUGCGGCCGAUGUUGUACCCCAUGGAUAACUGCUCCACCACCUCCUGCCGGGGGAGACUUUAUGCUAUUGGAUCACUAGAAGGCAAGGAGACUAUGGUCAUGCAGUGCUAUGACCCUGAAACAGAUUUGUGGUCAAUGGUGAACUGCGGACGUUUGCCCCCCUGGUCCUUUGCGCCAAAGACGGUCACACUAAAUGGAUUAAUCUAUUUUGUCAGAGACGACUCAGCAGAAGUGGAUGUGUACAGUCCGCAGGAGAAUGAAUGGAGUAAGAUCCCUCCCAUGAAGCAGGUACACGUCGGGGGGAGCCUGGCAGCAAUGGACGGAAAACUUUACGUAUCCGGUGGUUACGACAAUACAUUCGAACUCUCCGAUGUAGUGGAGGCUUACGACCCGCGAACGAAAGAGUGGAGCAUCAUGGGACAUCUUCCCCAAGCAACGUUCUGGCACGGCAGCGUCAGCAUCUUUAGACAGUUCAUGCCUUACAGCUACAGCUACGACAGCGUCACGUUAGACAACGCCAACCACGAAAGGAAUACAGUCAACCUGAACCGACGGCGACAGAACCUGCACAACCACAACCUGAACGAACUGCACCGGCGAUAGACUCUCACGGCAGAGCAGUAAGUGACCAGACGGACAGAGGGCCAAUGGUGGGUCAGAAGAGGACUAUAGAUGAAUUGGUUUUUAUUUUAAUAAUUAUAUAUUUAUAAAUCUAUGGGGGGCUUCUUCCCCUACACGCGUGAUCCCCCCGACACGAGCAUAAAAUACAUAGAAAUAGGUCUCCGAAGCCUCGUCCUCCUUUUUAAAGUGGAGAAAUUUACAUUUCAGAUAAAGUUUAUUUUUUCUAGGAAACAAAAAAAUGUAAAACGAUGGCGACUAAAGUCACGUGUUCAUGACCGCGGCCAUUGUGUCUGUUAGAGCGCAGCCGUUCUGGUAACAGGACCAGUCAUUACUAACCUAUCCAAACAGUAGGUGUCACUGCGGGGGGAACAUGGCGGCGCUCAGACUCUCCUCCUCUACGUAUCGGGUAAUGUGAUUUACAUAUGGAAGGUCGGCCGCCUUAAAGGGGUUGUCUGGUUCAGUAUCUGGUUCUGCGCUUCUGGGUUUGGAGCCGUGACAUCACGCAGCUGCUGCGGUGACACAAAGGUAUUUAUUUUACUUGGAGUGUUCUUUUAAAGGGGUACUCCAGGGAACUGAGCUUAUAACACACUUAAAGGGGUACUCCAGUGGAAAACUUUUUUUUUUUUUUUAA